CUCUUAUGUAUUGACAGCGAUGAUAAGAACAUUCAAACUGGGAGGUGAUCAGUCUUAUCAGUUCUCAAAUUUUCAGCAAAUUUUCUGUCUUACAAGUGCGAAUUUGGAAAUUUUCAGCGAGUUUGUUAGAUUUAAAUGUUUAAAGCUCGUUCUAGUUAGUAACUGUUUAAGCGAAACAACGACUCCAAGAUAAAAUUGUCGUUAAAAUGUGUUAAGUUUAAUAUAUGUGCAUACGACAAAGGAUAUCUAGCCCGCUAACAAUUACUUCAGAUUGCAGCGAAUGGUAGAAUAGCACAACUACAUACCGUGGAAUGGGGUAAUAAUAAUCUAUCUUACUACAACGAUGCUGAGCUGAACAUUUACAAUGAACCAUAAAAUGAAGCAAUUGAUACUGAUCUUCAACAUUGAAUUUAUCUUUUGUUUGGUUAAAGUAGUAUUCCAUACCGAAGGACGGGACAUGCAACACCAUGAGAUUAUUAGAAACCACCAGAAUUAUCACUAUUACAGUGUGGACAAUUGUGGCAAUGAAAUUAAAUUUAUCGAAAGAAAUAGUAACAGAAGCAACAGGUACAAUACAAAAGAUUUGUGCCAAAGUACAUUCACUUUAAAGCACAAAAGGCAUGGUAAUCAGCAAUUCUACAAAAAUCGUUACUUUAUUCGUCAUAGUCCUAUAAAAGAGGACCGCAAUAACACCAAAUCUUCUCAUGCUAUCCAUUGGCCCGUUAAGAGAGAGGCGGUCGUAGAAGGUGAUCUAAUUCUAGGGGGACUAAUGAUGGUGCAUUCUAGAGAAGAUUCUGUUACAUGUGGACCUAUUAUGCCACAAGGUGGUAUACAAGCAUUAGAAACAAUGUUAUACACGUUGGAUAAAAUCAACAUGGAUAAUCUGGUACCUAAUGUAACGAUUGGAGCGCACAUUUUGGACGAUUGCGAUAAGGAUACUUAUGGCCUUGAAAUGGCUGUUGACUUUAUAAAAGGAUCAAUCAGCAAUAUCGAUGAUGCAACUGACUACAACAAUUGCAGUAAAGGCCACAAGAAAAAAGUUAUAUCAGGUGUUGUGGGUGCAGCUUCAUCUGUUACAUCCAUUCAAGUGGCCAAUCUUCUACGCCUUUUCAGGAUUCCGCAGGUAUCAUAUUUUUCGACGAGUCCCGAAUUGAGCAAUAAACAAAGAUUUGAAUAUUUUUCCCGUACAAUUCCAUCAGACCAUUAUCAGGUGAAGGCAAUAGUAGACAUCGUUCGAAAGCUAGGAUGGAGUUAUAUUUCAAUAAUUUAUGAAGAGAGUAAUUAUGGUAUUAAGGCUUUUGAAGAACUGGAUGAGUUACUAUCCAAAAACGGUAUCUGUAUUGCCAUUAAAGAGAAAUUAGUCAAAGAUUCUGGCGUGGCUAAGAAAAUUGCAUAUGAUAACAUUGUACAAAAGUUAUUAACAAAACCGAGAGCAAAAGGUGUUAUAAUCUUUGGAUCUGACCAAGAAGUAGCAGAAGUUAUGAGAGCAGUGCGUCGUCAAAAUGUUACUGGAGUAUUUUCUUGGAUUGGUUCUGAUGGAUGGAGUGCUAGAAAUUUAGUAUCCGAUGGAAACGAAGCAGAAGUCGAAGGAACGUUAUCAGUCCAGCCACAAGCUAAUUCGGUGAUAGGGUUUGAGGAAUAUUUUCUCAACCUUACCGUCGCCAACAAUCGUCGAAAUCCUUGGUUUGUAGAAUUUUGGGAAGAUCAUUUCCAAUGUAAAUAUCCUGGCUCACCUUUAACACCAUAUAAUAUGAUGUACGCUAAAACUUGUUCAACAACAGACCAACUGUCCCGUUACACACUUGACUUCGAGGACCAGCUGCAAUUUGUUAGCGAUGCGGUAAUGUCUUUUGGGUAUGCAAUCAAGAAUAUGCACAAGGAAUUGUGUAAUGGGCAACCAGGACUGUGCGAUGUUAUGAAACCCACGAAGGGAGCAGAUCUUCUCAAAUAUCUACGUAAGGCCGACUUCGUCGGUUUGAGCGGGGACAGAUUCAAUUUCGAUGUCAAUGGCGAUGGACCAGCGCGCUACAAUAUCAUUCACUUUAAACAAGUCGAACCGGAAAAGUAUACAUGGAUUAAGGUCGGUGAAUACUAUCAAGGAGAACUACGUUUGAACAUGGAAGACAUUCAAUUUGGAAUUAAAAAUCCAACUGCUCCCGAAUCCGUUUGUAGUAGACCGUGCGAGCGAGGUCAGGCAAAAAAAUAUGUGGAAGGCGAAGGUUGUUGCUGGCAUUGCUUUAACUGUUCACAAUAUCAGAUUCAAAAUCCCACUGACGAAACACAUUGCAUAAACUGUCCUAGAGGGACUAUACCAGAUUUAUACCACGAAGCCUGUCAACACAUUCCCGAGGAUUAUCUAAAACCCGAAUCUCCAUAUGCAAUAGGAGCAAUGUCUUUCAGUAGUCUGGGAAUCCUUAUGACGCUCUUUGUAGUAGGAGUUUUCUUGAAAAAUAAUGACACUCCCGUUGUACGAGCAUCGGGUAGAGAAUUGAGUUAUGUGCUCCUUAGUGGUAUUCUAUUAUGUUAUGGUGUCACUUAUGCACUGGUGUUUAAGCCUAAUGAUAUAGUUUGUGGUGUCCAGCGCUUUUGGUCGGGAUUUUCGUUCACUGUUAUGUACGCUUCAUUAUUAACCAAAACUAAUAGAAUAGCUCGGAUAUUCAAUGCGAGUACCAAGUCGGCGAAACGUCCAUCAUUCAUAAGCCCCCACUCACAGUUGGUCAUAUGUGGGAUUCUGAUAUCGUUUCAGAUUCUAAUUAAUGCUGUAUGGAUGGUUGUGUCCCCAGCACAUGCAAUGCAUCAUUAUCCCACGAGAGAGGAUAAUUUGCUUGUUUGCAAUUCUUACACAGAUGCGUCUUACAUGAUUGCGUUCUUUUAUCCAAUAUUUCUAAUAAUUGUAUGUACUAUUUAUGCUGUUCUAACGCGUAAGACUCCAGAGGCUUUCAAUGAAUCGAAAUAUAUAGGUUUUACUAUGUACACGACGUGUGUGAUAUGGUUAGCAUUCAUUCCAUUAUACUUUGGAACAGGAAAUAAUGUUCAACUUCGCAUAACAUCGAUGUCGGUUACGAUUAGUUUAUCGGCAACAGUAACUCUAGCUUGUUUGUUUUCUCCUAAGCUGUACAUAAUUUUAAUUCGACCAGAGCGCAACAUAAGACAAAGUAUGAUGCCUAUUCGAUACAGUACUAUAAACAAAACAACAGGGUCUGCGCAAUCAUCAAUGAUGGCAGCUGUUAUUGUUACAGCGGCAACGUGCAAUGAAAAUGAAAAGAUAAGUAUUGGAAGCGUGGUGCUAAGGGUGCAUCGCGAGCAAUUGAAGGUCUCGAAAACUGCUAGAGUAAGGCAUAAUUUGACGGUCUCAUGCAGAAGAGCUUGCAAACGUGAAAGAUCCACUUCAGGUUGCGAAGACUUUGGUUUCUCUGCCGAGGUGUUAGAGAAUGACCUUAAGAGAUUGCGAACGAAUGAUGGUACGACUAGCGCAGCAGGAUCAUCGGUUCCGAGACGGUCAGAAAGAAUAAAAUACAGAAGAGAUAACAUGCAGCUGAAAAAAUGAAAAUAAAACUAAAGGUAUGUGGUUAUGAUGAUGAGUGUCAAAGGACACAAUCUAAAAAUCUGAAAAGAAAAGGGUAUGUAUAUAAAUUGAAAAAAAAAAAUUAAAAAAAAAAUAUAUAUAUAUAAUUAGAUACAGGUGUCAACGGGCACUAUCUGAAAAGUAAAAUAAUGAUUAGAGAAAGAUAUUGGUGUCAAUGGGCACUAUCUGAAAUAUAAAAUUAAAAUGUUUAAAACUAAAUAAAAAUAUCAAUAGGCAUUAUUUGAAAAUGAAAAAUGAAACUUUAGAAAUAGAGUGUCAAUGGACACAUUGCUGAAAACAUAAAUGUUAGAGCUGUCAAUGGACAUAUUUUGAAAAUUAUAUUAUGUAACAAAUUUUAUACAUAAGAGCGUUCAAGAACGCAAUCAAUAAUUAAAUACAAAUAUGAAUAUUUUGCAUUGUAUAAUGUUUCGGUAUACGAUAUCUUAAAGAGGAAGAAUUGUGGUGUACAGGAAAAGGCUCAGUCAAACGCUGAAGCCGAUCGAAAAUUAUCUAUGUAAAACGGACAGCGUGAUUACCAACACGCGCGAGAGCAAUGCGAA